CUGAUUUGGAACUUGACACACUUUCGGCUGCCUCUUCUUAUAAGCUCUACUUGUUUUUCCCGUUUUAUCAGAAUGGAAACAGCUCCAGUGCGUCGGCGACCCACGCGAGUUGUGACGGAUAGCGAAGAUGAUCAAUUCGACGGAAGACAGCGGCAAGAACUGACUAUCACCAGCAAACGUGUAUCAACCAUCAGCGAAGAAAAGCAGGCAGAUAGGAAGAAAAAACAUGCAUACUCCGAAAGCAAACAUACCAUACCUAUUCAUACCCUGACAAAAGCUUCUGUGUUGUCAAAGGAAGCACCACCAGAAAAUUACAGCGGUUUUAUUCGCCUUGGCAUGCUUGUUCUCGGUGCCAGCAACAUUCGUCUCGUCAUUGAGAAUUGGAUGAAGUAUGGACUUCUCAUCCGGUUCCCCCACAGCUACAUACCAUACUCCGACUACGGGUUGUUUGUGCUCGCAUGGCUCAGUAUCCCUAUCAGUCUGACGAUAGCGUUGCUCGUGGAAUAUAGUAUGGCACGCUUAGCCGCACAAACCAAAGACGCUAAACCUGCAUUUCUCAAGAAGCUUACCGUUCUUGAACGCGUGGUCGGCACGACGCACGUUGCUCACCUGCUAUUUCUUCUCACGUUUCCCUCCUAUAUCGUCUAUACCAAAAUUUAUCAUCCGCUCGUGGGGUCAGCGGUCCUCAUUAUGUGUCUUGUCACCUUUCUGAAAAUGACCUCCUAUGUAUUGGUUAAUCGCGAACUUCGACAACAGUUGAUAAACGGCGUCGAUGGAGAAAUCUACGAUAAGGAUUCUGCUUAUCCUAUGAACGUGCACGCUGGAAAUUUAUUAUACUUUUUCUUCGCUCCGACUUUAUGCUAUCAGCCGUCGUAUCCUCGAUCACCGAGGUUCAGAAAAACGUUCUUACUUAAGCGUAUCGGUGAACUCGUGGUUUGCUUGGUAAUGAUGUACGUCCUGACCGAGCAGUAUGCCAAGCCAACACUAGCCAAUUCGUUGCAAGCGCUGGAAGAAAAAAAUUAUGUGACAAUCGUAGAGCGGGUCCUCAAGCUGUCAACAACAGCGGUUGUCAUUUGGUUACUGAUGUUUUAUGCCUUCUUUCACUCUUUCCUGAAUGCACUCAGCGAAAUCUUGCGUUUCGGUGAUCGCACGUUUUAUCUCGCAUGGUGGAACUCGAGCAAUCUUGCUACCUAUUGGCGUUUGUGGAACCGGCCUGUUUAUCUAUUCUUUAAACGCCAUGUUUAUUUACCUAGUGUACAACAGGGACUUCCCCCUGCGGUAGGACAGUUUCUGGUUUUCCUUGUCUCGGCCAUUCUUCACGAAGUUCUCGUCGGCAUUCCAACUCAUGCGAUUACCGGUUUCGCGUUUUGGGGUAUGUUGGGUCAAAUUCCUUUGAUCGCUAUCACUCGACCUCUAGAGAAAUGGCGUGGAAAGGGUAGCGCUUUGGGAAAUACAAUAUUCUGGGUUACUUUCUGCGUCGUUGGUCAGCCAACCAUUGCCUUGCUUUAUUAUUACCAAUGGACAGCCGCUCAUAAAACUGUGAUAAACCCUUAACAAUCCAUCCGUCGAUAUAAAUUCGGGACACUACACACUUAAGCACAUUUGUAAAUGACAAUAAACCAAGCAUUUUCCACUGACA